GAGGAAGAGGAGGAGGAGAAGGAUCGCAGAGAUUUAGAAGCAGAAGAAGAGAACGAGAAAAUGAAGGAACAUGAAGGUACUUCAUCAUCAAACAGAAGCACAUCAAGAGAACGAAAUGAAGGAAAAGGCACAGUGAGACAAUAUGUCAGAUCCAAGAUGCCUAGGCUUCGCUGGACUCCAGAUCUUCAUCUUUCUUUUGUUCAUGCUGUUAAACGCCUUGGUGGUCAAGAGAGAGCAACACCCAAGUUGGUGCUUCAGCUAAUGAAUGUGAGGGGACUCAGCAUUGCUCAUGUGAAGAGUCACUUGCAGAUGUAUCGGAGUAAAAAACUUGAUGAGGCUGGCCAAGGUGAGCAUUAUAUCCUAAUCUCAGUUUAA